CCUGCCUUCGGAUCUGGUGGCUCUGCGGUUACUUAUAAAAGCCACCUCUCUUCUUGACAAUUGUCUUUCUUCCUUCUGAAACCUCUUAUCUCUCUAUCACGAAUUCAACCCUCAAUUGCACAAAAUGUCUAACCUCCACACCAAGAAGACUUAUACCCUCAACACCGGUGCCCAGAUCCCGGCCGUUGGUCUUGGUACCUGGCAGUCCGGGCCCAAUGAGGUCCGCGAGGCCGUCAAGAACGCUCUCUUGGCUGGCUACCGUCACAUCGACACUGCUCUGGCUUACGGCAACGAGGCCGAGGUUGGUGAUGGUAUCCGUGACUCGGGCGUUCCCCGUGAGGAGAUCUGGGUUACCACCAAGCUCGACAACCCCUGGCACCACCGUGUCGCCGAGGGCAUUGACUCGUCUCUCAAGAGCCUUGGCCUCGACUAUGUCGACCUCUACUUGGUCCACUGGCCCAGCUCGACUGACCCCAACGACCUGAAGAAGCACCUUCCCGACUGGGACUUCAUCAAGACCUGGCAAGAAGUGCAGAAAAUCCCCGCCACCAGCAAGGCCAAGAACAUUGGUGUCUCCAACUUCGGUAUCAAGAACCUCGAGAAGCUCCUGAACGACCCCAGCACCAAGAUCGUCCCCGCCGUCAACCAGAUCGAGCUGCACCCCAACAACCCCUCGCCCAAGCUGGUCGCCUACAACACCUCCAAGGGCAUCCACUCCACCGGUUACUCUUGCCUUGGAUCCACCGACUCUCCUCUCUACAAGGACCCCACUCUCUUGAAGCUUGCUGAGAAGAAGGGCAAGUCUCCCCAGCAGGUUCUCCUCGUGUGGGGUGUCCAGAAGGGCUGGAGUGUUAUCCCCAAGUCUGUCAACAAGGCCCGUAUUGAGGGUAACUUCCAGCUUGACGGCUGGGACUUGACCGCCGAGGAGAUCAACGAGUUGGACAACCUGAAGGACCGUUUCAAGGUCUGCGGUGAUGACUGGCUCCCUAUUAAGGUCUUCUUCGGUGAUGACGAGUAAAUGCCUUUUACGCGAUGAUAUCCUUGUUCAAUAAAAUAGAGGUUUAGAUAUCCAAUUUGAAUGCCUGAAUGAAUUAAAUACCAUCUCCCAUUUUUUCAGCCACCCGACUAUGGAGAGUCUACCGGCUAGCUUUGCCUAGAGUGGGACAGUGGAGAUGUACUUGCAUGAAGUCAUAAAAUGGAAUACAAUGC